AUGAAUGAAAGAGGAAUGAACAAGACUGUUAAGAUUGGUUCAGAUUUGUUCAGGAUAGUUAAGAAUGUUAAGAUUGGUUCAGAUUUGUUAAAAUUAUUAAGAUUGGUGGAACUAUUGACGACUACUAUUAGAACCAUUAGGAAUGAUAAAAUUAUCAGCAAAAUAAUGAAUGAAAGGGAACGUCAAGAUCGACAGAAAGUAAGGAAAAGGUUAAGAUCUGUUCAGCGUAGCAAACAACUAACCAAUGAUCCCUUAUUCUCUCCCCCCCUCACAGCUGCCCAGCCGCGGUGUUGGGGGACGGAUCCGGAGUCGGACGCGCCGAGCGACUCCACCCAUUCAUCUGUCCAUCUGUUCGUCUCUCUGGCACGGGCGCGCCUCCCUGACGUGCGAGCGGGUGCCCCGAAUUCUCUUUCAGUCAGCUCAUCAUCAUCGGAACGGGGACCGCGGGCCGGCACAGCAGUCGCACAGAGCAAUACGGCAGCUCGCCACCUGUCCUUCUUUCUUUCCCUUUUUAGGGGUCCUCCAGGACAGGGGCAGCUUAAGACGACUCUCGCAUUUCCAGUAGCACCAACCUUAACACCAGGCACAUUCGAGAGUCGCACCACACAGGGUGCCUCACCCGCCCCGGCGCCUCGCGAUCAUGACCCUCGUCAUGGCCCUCGUCAUCGGGGGAAGUGGUCGCGGUGCGGCGGGGCGGUUUCAACUCACUUCACCCUGGCACCCUCUGAUCAUUUUCACUUUCUAUCACAACCACACGCAUCCAUCAACAAACUCGCUUAUCAUUCAUUCCUAUCCGGGAACAGGGGUUCUCUACUCACCUCACAAUCACCAUUCUUACUUCACCAUUCUUCGACCCCUAUUCUCACUUUCUCAUCACCCUCUAUCCCCUUUUCCUUCUCUCUACCCCUAUGGAGGGGGCUCGUGGACCAACAAGAAGCUCCCGGGCGAAGCCCACCCCCUCCGCUCAUCCCCACCCGUCAUCAGCGCCUCUUCUACUUAAUAGAAGUUGCAAAAAAAGCCGCUCUACGUUCUGCUGCUCGGCAAAAGACUGAUGGAGGUGUAGAAAAUGUGGUUGAGCUCACUAAAGUGGAGGAGCGCAUUAUAUCUUUAAUGGGUCGAGAAAGCUUUGCUGUUGACGAUAGGCAUUUAGCUUUAAAUCCAUUCAGUGUAACUAGUGAAAUCUGGGAUGAGUAUACGAAAAGCAAGCAAGGAAUGCCAGCUAAAAUAUCCGACGAAAACGAGGAGUGUGUGCAGAUUGUGGAUUCGAACAACGAACAAGCAGAAACAAAGAAUUUACAGGACCAGAAUACGCAAUAUGUUCUGGAAGUGGAACCCGUAGACAAGAAAAAAAAAUACAAAGGGGAAGACCUUAGUGACGACUCAGAAGAAAGCAAUUACGAACAAUCCUUUAAUAAAAUGGUUAGAGAACUUCUGGCAAACAGACUCGACAUUGAGAGUAAUGAAACCUUUUCUAAAAUUAAUAAACGACGCCGCACUGAAGACGAAAAAUAUGAAGCUGUUCAAUGUGAGUCAGACACUACAAAAAAUAAUGAAGGAAUUUUUCAUAUAUAUGAAGACAGAAAAGAAGAACUUGACCGAUUGUUCCUUCGUUACUUUCGCGGAGUGGUGUUUAAACGACAAAUUACCCAUGAUAUAUGGGAAACUCCAAUCGAUGGUCUGGGAAACAGAUAUAGAAACAACAUUAUUCGACUACUACUCAACAGUUCUCAUGGAAUGGAAGUAAAGCACAAAAAACAGGAGGAGGAGAAUAUAGUAUACAGGGAAUUUUCAUAA